AUGGGGCGGCAGGACCUCCCACACGCUGACGGGCCCCCGCCGAUGCUCCCGUGGCCGCUGGCCCUGCUGGCCCUGAGCGCGUGCUGUCGCUGGGGGGUGGCUGGCGGGGCGGGCAGCACAGUGCCCCAGCAGCAUGCUGCCCCCUCGACCCCUUCCUCUUCAUCCUCCUCCCCCUCCACCCGGGCACCCCUCGACUGGCUCCUCACCGACCGCGGACCCUUCUACCGAGCCCAGGAGUACGUGGACUUCAUGGAGCGGUACCGGCAGGGUUUCACCACCAGGUACAGGAUCUACAGAGAGUUUGCUCGCUGGAAGGUGAAUAAUUUGGCCCUGGAGAGGAAAGACUUUUUCAGCCUACCACUUCCCCUGGCCCCCGAAUUCAUCCGCAACAUCCGGCUGCUGGGACGCCGGCCCAGCCCCCAGCAGAUCACUGACAGCCUCAUCAAAAAGUAUGGGACCCACUUCCUGCUGUCUGCCACGCUGGGAGGAGAGGAGUCCCUGACCAUUUUUGUGGACAAGCGCAAGCUGAGCCGGAGGGCAGAGCCCGCUGUGGGGGCUGGGAACAGCUCGGGGGUCUCGCUGGAGACCCUGCACCAGCUGGCAGCCUCCUACUUCAUCGACAGGGAGAGCACACUCCGGCGGCUCCACCACAUCCAGAUCGCCACGGCUGCCAUCAAGGUGACCGAAACACGGACAGGGCCACUCGGCUGCAGCAACUACGACAACCUGGACUCGGUGAGCUCCGUCCUGGUGCAGAGCCCUGAGAACAAAGUGCAGCUCCAAGGGCUGCAGACAGUGCUCCCCUCCUACCUGCGGGAGAGGUUCGUGGCGGCCGCCCUCAGCUACAUCGCCUGCAGCUCGGCCGGGGACCUGGUGUGCCACCGGAGCGACUGCCGCUGCCAGUGCCAGCCCGCCUUCCCCCGCUGCAACUGCCCCGAGGCCGACAUCCAGGCGCUGGAGAGCAGCCUGGCCCAGCUCUGGAGAGCCUGGGAGAGCCACCACGGCCAGUUUGAGGAGUCAGAGGAGUUUCAGGCCUUGGUGAAGAGGCUCCCCAUGGACCGUUUCCUGAACAGGACGGCCAUCUCCCACUUCUGGGCUAUGGAUCUGGAUGUCCAGCAUCGCUACCAACAGCUGGGCACCAGCCUGAAGCUGCUCUCCAGGAAAACCUACCGACUCAUCCGGCGGCUCUUCAACCUCAGCAAGCGCUGCCACCGGCAGCCGCGGUUCAAGCUGCCGAAGGAGAGGUCCCUCCCUUACUGGUGGAGCCGCGCACAGUCGCUCCUGUACUGCAGUGAGACCACCGUGCCUGGGACCUUCCUGGAAGAAAGCCACAGCUGCACCUGUCCCUCGGACCAGCCCUCCUGCCAGGGCUCCAUUCCGUGUGCCUUGGGCGAGGGGCCAGCCUGUGCCAGCUGUGCCGAGGACAACAGCACCCGCUGCGGGACCUGCAACCACGGCUACGUGCUCACCCAGGGCUUCUGCCGCCCCGAGGUGGCCGACUCGCUGGAGCACUACCUGGGGCUGGAGACGGACCUGCAGGACUUGGAGCUCAAGUACCUCCUGCAGAAGCGGGACAGCCGCAUCGAGGUGCACUCCAUCUUCAUCAGCAACGACAUGCGCCUGGGCAGCUGGUUCGACCCCUCCUGGAGGAAGCGCAUGCUCCUGACCCUGAAGAGCAACAAGUACAAGCCCGGGCUGGUUCACGUCAUGUUGGCCCUCUCCCUGCAGAUCUGCCUCACCAAGAACAGCACGCUGGAGCCCGUCAUGGCCAUCUAUGUCAACCCCUUUGGGGGAAGCCACUCGGAGAGCUGGUUCAUGCCCGUCAACGAGGGCAGCUUCCCAGACUGGGAAAGGACUAACGUAGAUGCCUCUGGCCAGUGCCAAAACUGGACGCUCACCUUGGGCAACAAGUGGAAGACCUUCUUUGAAACGGUCCACGUCUACUUGCGGAGCCGCAUCAAGUCCCUGGAUGACAGCUCCAAUGAGACAAUCUACUAUGAACCCCUGGAGAUGUCAGAUCCCUCCAAGAACCUGGGGUACAUGAAAAUCAACAGCUUGCAAGUCUUCGGCUACAGCCUGCCCUUUGAGCCGGAUGCUAUCCGUGAUCUGAUCCUCCAGCUGGACUACCCCUACACCCAGGGCUCCCAGGACUCGGCCAUGCUCCAGCUCCUGGAGAUCAGGGACCGGGUGAACAGGUUGUCACCCCCUGGCAAAACCCGCCUCGACCUCUUCACAUGCUUGCUCCGCCACCGGCUCAAGUUGGCCAACAACGAGGUGGCAAGGAUCCAGUCCUCCCUGAGAGCCUUCAACGCCAGGCUGCCCAACGCCCUGGAGCAGGAGACAGGCAAGCUGUGCAGCUAACGGCCUCGGAGCCAGGGGGCUGGGAGAAAGGACUUCCUGGGGAAGGGGGGGGAAAACAACCACCCUAAAAAAAUUUAAAUCAAGGCCUUACCUUAGUGCCAACCGCGUGCUUCCAUGGUACACCCAGCGACUGGCCAAAGAGACACGGGGCUUGAGCGGAUGGAGGGUGCCAGGGGACUGUGGAGGAAGGAUGGCUCGUGCAGCACAGUCUGGCUCCAGGUGCGGGGAUGAUGCCAGCACAGCCGCCACGUCAGUGGCCGGGGAGAUGUGCCAAUGGCCCAGGGGGAUGUGGCCUGGCCAGAGGCAGCUGCUGGUCCUGCUGGAGCAGGUGCCCCACCCACCGUGAGGAUCCCCCAGCAGCGGUCUCCUCAUCAUCCCAACUUUUGUAGUCUUUUUAAGAGGUUUCUACAGGCGCCUUUGCACCCACAUCCCCCAUGAUCCAUCCUGCAGCCAGACCCUCGCACACAGUGCUGGUGGGGCUCCAGAGCGCAGGGCCCCGAGAUCCAGCAGAUCUCCCCUGGGCCCUCUUCAGAAGCAUCUCACACCUGCUGGGGCACCAAGGCAUCAUCCCUGCCUUGUAUGGGAAGGACCUGGCACCUGCACCAUGGACGCUGCCAGCACAGACACCGGCGGAGACCUCUGGGCCACAAUUCCCUACAAAAAAAACCAAAAAACCCUAAAGCAAAAGAAAGAAAAAAAGGAAAAAAAAAAGUUUUAUUUAUGUAUUUAUUUAUUUGGUUUGUUUGGGAGGGUUUUUUUUAAGCUUAUUUAUUUGGGGAGUGUCAUUUCUUGUCAGUGGCUCCAGCCAAGAGACAUCUUAGUAAAAUGUAUCUGUUUAAUAUA